GAUUGUUUGGGUGCUGACAGUGAAAUUAUCCAUGAGACACAGACAUUUAAGGAGAGAUCCCAUGCAAAGCGGACUAAAGCCAAGAGGAAGGAGGAUUGUUUCGGCUCUGACAGUGAAAUAAUUCAGAUGAACAGAUCUGUUUACCUGAGGAGAGAUUAGAAGAAAUGAGCAGUUCCACGACUCACCAGCUCAACAAAACCGGAGAGGAGGCCACUGGGGUGAAAAGAAACCGAAAAGUAAAGACAACAACUUUACAGCCAGAAACAAAGGUGACACGGGGGUCAAGGAAGUCCAAAGGUGCUGCGCCUGCUAUCAGCCCUAAAUCAACACAUUUCACUCCCAGAGCACAUUCACCGGAGUCUUUGUCUCCUGAAGGACAGGCAGAAAUCCAGACAGGAUUACCAGCGGAGGCAGAUUUUGACAGAAAAGGUCAUUCGGAAAACACAGGUGGAAGAGAAUAUGCAGAACAUAUGCUGGUGGAGGAAGUGAAGAAAAAUAAAAAGUCUAAUAAGCAAACAGGCAAAUCAAAAGGGAAGAGUGUUCAAAUUCAUGAAGGCAUUGAGACCCUGAAUACCAGUGUUCCUGAUGAUCCCACUCCUACUUCAAAGAAAAAGAAAAAGAAAACAGGAAAACAGAAAAAAGAAGAGACUAAAGAAGAAAAGGAAGAGCCCAUAAAAGCCCAGAAUGUGACAGUUAAAGUUAAAAAGAAAAAGGGUCAACCAGCAUUUGUUGUAGGAAAACCACAGCCACAUGAUGUUGAAUGGAUGGCAAAUUCAGUGGAUGAGCCUGAGAGACUGAUGAGCCAUGAGAGAGAGGAGACGACUCACGACACAGAGGAUGAACUAGAAAACACUGAGAACACACCAGAACACACCUACACUGACUCUGAAGAUGACAUGGAUGCUGAUACAGACCGAGAGAGUACAGACACACAUGAAGCACACGAAGUCUCUCCCAGAUCAGUUUACAGCACUCACAGAUCACAGCACUCACUCAUUACAGCUUGUUCAGAUGCCAGCUUUCACAGACUCUCACAGAGCUCCAUCAGAACCCCCUCAAUGGGGAUGGCGUCCCACUGCGGCCCGUGCAGCCCAGCACCCCUGUCUCUCAUCUACCUGCCUCCUCAGUCAGCACUACCUCCUGCCUCAGACCCUACUAAAUCUGAUCCAGGCAAUGAUGUUAAAAGCAACGAGGUUCCAACUAACCAAACAGACAAAAAAGCUGCAGCGCUGGCUGAAAAGGCAGAGCGCCGUCGUCUGGAGGUGGAGAAGAAACGGAAGGAGAGAGAGGAGGAAAAGAAGAGACAGCAAGAAAAGGAGGCGACAGAAGAGAGGAUGAGGCUGGAACUGGAAGAAGAACAAAGGAAAAGAGCAGAGGAAGCAAGGUUACAGAAGAUCAGAGAGGAAGAUGAGAGACAAAGAAAACAGAAGGAAGAGAUGGAGAGACAGAGGAGAGAGCAGGCAGAGAAAGACAGAGAAAGAAGACAACAGGAGGAGAAGAGGAGGCUGCUGGAACGGCUCCAGAGAGAAAGACAGGAAGAGGAGAAACGGCAGGCUGCUCAGCUGGAACAUCUGCGUUUGGAAGAGGAAGCUCGGAAGGAGGAGGAGCUCAGGAAGCUGUCAGAGAUGGAGGAGGCUGAGAGACUGGAGUACCUGCGCAGACAGAAGGAGGAGGAGGAGGAGAGAAGGAAAGCUGCUGAGGAGAGGAGGAGGAGGGAGGAGGAAGCAGCGAUGCAUGCUGAAGAACAGGCCAGACUGCAGGCUGAACUGUUUGCCAGGCAGAGGGCAGCGCUGGAGCAGCACUUAAAGUUUCAGAGGGGUCUUUUUGUGGAGGCUGAAGGCCUGGAGCAGACACAGGAUAUUUCUCGGCCCUGGAUUUUCUCCUAUUUCGCCCUGUUGAAGCUGCUUGGCUUGGAUGACGCCGCAUCUGAGGACACACUCAAAGAUGUGCUGUAAUUGCUUCAUUUGGGUUCAUGCAGUAAAUUAUCACACCCAGCGCUUACAACUAGUGUUUCAGUUAUGUGCAAUUUUCUUAGUAGGUGAACAAUCUGUAUCACGUGAAUCAACGAGUUAAACUGCUGGAUCGCUCACAUAUUCUCAGAUGUCUAACUCUGUCAUUUCAACAUAUCAGCACUUUUGAAUUCUAGAACUGAAAAAGUAAUGUAAAUUAAUAAAAUAUUAAAACACCAUGGGCAUUUUCAUAAAGAAUAUAUAUUUUUCUACAUAUGCCAAGCACUAAAAUUCAUUCAAGUGUUGUUGUGGACAAUGAGUGGGAGUCAAAGAGGUUGAGAGCCACUGGCAUAGAGUGAGCAGCGCCCUCUACUGUCCACAUCAGGACAUCUUUUGUCACAUAAGAUGACACAUUUCAGGUCUAUGCUCUUAUUUUGAAGUUAAUUUUAAACUAUAGUAGAAUUCAAGUAUAUGAAAGAUCACAAAAUGCACAGCAUCAGCGUCUCUAGGGUAAAAGGACAAGCAGGUAACAG